AUGGAGAUGUUCAUGGCUUUUCCGCGCUUAAUUCCUGGUCUUUUUACUCUUGCUUUGAUUGUUCUGAUCAUACCAGUUCAUGGACAGAUCAGUACCUCAUGCACACCUUCAAUGCUUAUUACUUUCGCCCCUUGCAUGAAUUUCAUUACUAACAGUACCUCUAAUGCAACUUCACCGAGUUCCAACUGCUGCAAUUCACUCAGGUCACUCGCCGGCAAUGGAACACAGUGCCUGUGUCUUAUUGUUACCGGAAAUGCUCCAUUCCAGAUGCCAAUCAACCAGACUCUGGCAAUCUCUCUCCCACGUGCUUGCAAUAUGCCCAGUGUGCCUCUCCAAUGCAAAGCCACUGUUGCCCCUUCACCACCUCCAGGUCCAAUCACACUUGGACCAACUACGUCUCCCACAGCUCCCUCCGCCAGUCCUCAAGCUUCUACUGUUCCUGAGCAAUUGUCCCCGGCACCAGCCACCGUCACAACUCCAGCUCCUCCUCAAGCUUCUACUGUUCCUGAGCAAUUGUCCCCGGCACCAGCCACCGUCACAACUCCAGCUCCUCCUCAAGCUUCUACUGUUCCUCAGCCACUGUCCCCGGCUCCAGCCACCGUUACAACUCCAGUUCUGACUCCGACAACAAAUUCUGGGAUCCGGCCAGUUGUUAACUCAUCUGCAGCCAACCCCUCUCACAGUGUUGCACCAUCAAUUCUGCUAGCAGUAUUUGGAGCCAUUGCGGCCUUGAAGUACUAUUGAGUUGCUAGCUCCUUUUCAGUGAAGUUUGUGUGUGUGUGUGUGUGUUU